AUGGUUUUGUUGAGAACUCUGUGUAAGAACUUGACUGGCCGGCAUAGAACUGUGUCCUCAACCCCAUCCAACACCUUUGGCUUCAAUUACAAAUACACCUGCGAGCCAGGCCUGAUCGCCCAAACAGGGCCCAACCUCACUAAUGCUGUUCUGGCGGAAACAAAUCUCCAGCAGCAAUGCUCCAACAUCGAGUAUAAAGCCUUCCCAGAAGAAGCCCGCUGUGACAGCCCCUGCAAUCUCCAGUUCCCAGCUGAUUCCCCUCACUUGGUCACUCAGCAUUCCGCACGCUUUUUCCCUAACUCCCCCACUCUGUCAGUCUUCGUGUAUGUCUCUUGUCCUGUCUCCUUGUCCGUCGCUAUUUUCCCCCCUCUCCAGCCUGCCAGAUCCAGCUCGCCUUUCGCCGGCCUCCCAGUCCAGUUCCCUUCUGCCAGUCCAGUCCAGUCCUGCCAGUCCAGUCCAGUUCCUUCCUGCCAGUUCAGUCCAGCCCAGCCCAUUCCAGCCCAGUCCGGUGACAGUCCCCAUGGGAUCCAGUCUGACGUUGCCUCCGCUGCAACUGCCUGUCCAGCCCAGUUCUGUGCCAGCUGUUCGCCGUUACCUGACCUGCAUCAGCUUCCGGCUCCAUUCCAGUCUCCCUGUCUGCGAAACUCUCACAUCGAGGAGGAGGAGGCGUCAGGGACGGCUCCUGACAUCCCAGAAGGCCGACCUGGGGAGGGAGUGAAACAGAGGGUGGGGCCUGGAGACAGGACAGAACUCAGAUGGGGUAGGACCCAGGAACAGGGCAAGACAGGGCUCGGGACUGGACAAGAAAGAAACGGGACUGGGGACUGGGACGAGACGAGACAGGGACGAGACGAGACAGGACAGGGACGAGACAGGACAGGGACGAGACAGGACAGGGACGAGACGAGCCAGGACUGGGACGAGACGAGCCAGGACUGGGACGAGCCAGGACAGGGACGAGACGAGCCAGGACUGGGACGAGACGAGCCAGGACAGGGACGAGACGAGCCAGGACUGGGACGAGCCAGGACUGGGGACUGGGACGAGCCGAGACAGGACUCGGGACUGCACAGGACAGAGGGGGAACUCAGGACUGGACAAGACAGGAACAAGACUCGGGAUGAGGUCCGGACACGGGACAGGACGGGACGGGGUCCGGGCGCAGGAACGGAAGCCGGACGGGGUCCGGGCGCAGGAACCAAAGCCAAAGGGGAGUCGGGUGCAACGGAACAGGACUGGACUAGACAAGACAGGAGCGGACUCAAGACAGACACUACACGGAACAGGACUCAGACAUGA